AUGCUUUCCCCUACAGCGCUGGAUCUGCGCUCGCAGCUGAGAUUCUACAAGUCGUACCACCGCCAGAAGGCGAACGUGGCGAUCCACGCCGUCUUUGUCCCGACGAUCCUGUUCGCCACGAUGUGCAUGCUGCACCGCGUCGAGCUGUAUCGUGGAACUACGCUGACACAUGUGUUCACGCUCGGCUACUCGGUCUACUACCUGCUGCUGUCGCUGCCUGUAGGUCUGCUGGCCACCGGCAUCCUGGUGCUGGCAAACGUCGCGCUGGACAGAAAGUGGGUUCACAUGUCGCUAGCCAGCGAGCUGGCGCUGUUCGUCCUUGGCUGGGUAUGCCAGUUCACAGGACACGCGUUCUUUGAGAAGAAGAGGCCUGCCUUGGUCGACAACUUGCUGCAAAGUCUCGUUUUGGCACCGUACUUUAUCCUGUUUGAGCUGCUCUUCAAGCUGGGAUUCAUGCCCCAGCUGCAUGCCCAGCUGGAAUCAGACCUCAGCGAAUUGACUCAAGACGACCGGGCACUCCUGAGAUGA